UACUUGUAUCCGAAGGUGCUCAGUGUUUAUUAGUCAAACAUAAUUAAGUGUAAUUAUUUAUUUAGUAAUUACAUGUAGUAUUUCUUGUUGGCGACUUCUACAACAAUGGCGCAUGAAAUCAUUAAUCCGGAUUUACCUUUGGAGAAGGAGCUCCUAGCGCCAUACGCGUAUCUCUUGCAGAUAAAGACCAAGCAGAUACGAAUGAAGAUCGCGCUCGCCUUCAACCACUGGCUGCAGGUGCCCGAAGACAUGGAGCGGUACAUCGUCAACACCAUAUACAUGGUGCACACCGGGAGUUUACUGAUCGACGAUAUCCAAGACAACUCCACCUUCCGGCGUGGUAUACCGGCCGCUCACUGCGUGUACGGGGUCUCGCUUACUGUCAAUACCUGUCAACACGCCAAUAUGCUCAUAUUUACACGAGUUAUGAAAUUAGGUCCAGAGGCUGCACAAUUAUAUUGUGACGGACUUCUCGAAUUAUUUCGCGGUCAGGGCGUUGAGAUUUACUGGCGGGAUAACCACGUCUGUCCCACCGAAGAAGAAUAUAAAACUAUGCUCAAACAAAAGACUGGUCACAUGUUCGUGUUGGGGUUGCGUCUAAUGCAGCUGUUCAGUGACAAUAAAACCGAUUACAGCAAUUUUGCCCUCCUCCUCGGCAUGUACUUCCAGCUGAGAGACGACUACUGUAACCUCAUGCAACAAGAGGCACUGGAAGAAUGGCCAGCAGAUGUUACAGAGAAGAACGACUUCGUUUUCUGCGACGAUCUGACAGAGGGCAAGUUCACACUGCCGAUCAUACACGCGCAGAAGUAUCCAGAAGGUGAAGAAAUAAUGAAUAUUCUUCGACAAAGAACUCAAGACAACGAACUGAAGAAGCACUGCGUGUCUCUGCUGGAGAAAGCUGGCAGCUUGCAGUACACCCGUGAUAUGCUCCAGGAUCUUGACCGGACCUUAAGGGCAGAGGUGGUUCGUCUUGGAGGAAACCCAGCUAUGGAAGCUGUUCUAGAUGAACUUAUGACUUGGAAACAUUUCUGAUUGUUUAUACAAUUGAUGUACCGAAGUACUAUGCUAACAAGCACGAUCCCUUCCUUCAGAAAACGGAAAAACACUGUUCACGUAGUAGAUUCGUAAAUAAUAGGUCUUAAGAAUGUACAAGCAAUGUCAAUAUGAGUAGUGGUGUACUAGAAUAAUAAUUAUUAUGUAUUUUACAAUAAACAUGUAAUUAUGUUAUAACUUUUUAUCUUAUAUAUUAUACUAUUACAGAUUG